AAGCCCAGCUCAGUGAGUCCAACAUGAUCCAAUUUUCGAUGAGCAAAUCGCUAGCCGUUCGAUCCUAUCCCUUAAAACUAAGCUAAAUGAAAGCCGACGGCGACAAGAGGAUACAAGCCGAAACUGCAAAUCUCGCUGCUGCUAGGAGAGAGAGGCUGAUCAGAGAAAAGAGAGAGAAAGAUGCCUAGGUGGUUUGAUCCGUGGCCUGUCUUCUUCAAGCGAGAGUUUAACAGGAACUGGCCUUUCCUGGUUGGCUUCGCCGUAACUGGAACCCUCAUCACCAAGUUCUCUCUUGGUCUUACAGAGGAGGAUGCAAAAAAAUCACCUUUCGUCCAGAGGCACAAGAGGUAA